AUGCACUGCACGCAUGAGAUCGUUGAAUGUCUGGGGACCGCUGCUAGUGUGCACGGCAACAGCAUCCUCCCACACGGUUGUCCCCAGAAUGCUGGCCACUUUACACUGCAGUGGUUCCCAGAACUUUUCCCCGCGGAAAGUUCCUCCAGGAUGCACGCUUGUAUCAAAGCUGUCGGCUUGAGCCUCGGCAACAUGCGUGUUACACCCCUCACCGACGGGGAACACCUCAAGGGUCACACCCAUCUCAUACAAGUCUUGUAUCCGCGACAAACACCGCUCCUUCUCCGACUCAUCAUUGCGGUGUGGCACAUCAUCGUUUGUGAAGAGGAAAAUGCGACGAGACUUAAUCGUCUCGAAUUUCUGACUCAGGAACAUGUGCUGCGAGACCCACAGCACGUCGCUCAAGCGACAUUCACUGUCCUGCGCGUGACCCACUGUAUCGUUAAACCUUUCAUGCUCCUUUGA